AUGAGAUUUUCAUUGGUUUCGGUUCUUUUUUUAACAAUCGCUUAUGGUUAUAAAAUAAAAAUGAUCCAAGAAAAUAAAACACCAAAAAAUUCAGCGAAAGAUGAUGGAUUUAAAAUAAAUAUAUGCGAUGAAUGUAAAAUGCAAGUGAGUCGAUUUAUAAAAGCAUUAGAAGAUCCGGAAAAAUUGAAUCUUCUGAAGGAUAUCUUAAAAAGCCUUUGUCCUCAAACUUCUUAUGAAGACGAGUGUGCUGCAUUUGUUGACGAGCUUGAUGUGAUCAUACGCGAAAUGGAACCUUACCUGAAUGAUACGGCGAAAAUUUGUAAAUUGAUCCAUUUGUGUGAAAAUCGACGAGUUGAUUUAUUCCAUAAGAUAAGUGUAUUAUAUGGUAUGAUUGGUGAUAAUAACGAGAAAUUCAAAAAUGAAAUGGUAUGCGAUGAAUGCAUGUUUGCUGCUAGUGAAGUCAGAGAAACUAUUGAAAAUCCAGAAAAUCAACGAAAAGUUAGAGAUUACAUUUCAACGGAAGUUUGUUCAAAACUGCGAAAAUACAGAGGAACAGUUAGUUUCAUUUUUCUCCAACACAUCGAAAAAAUUUGCAGUUUUGCGGUUUCAUUCUUUUGUGUUGAAAUUGGUCUGUGCAAUUCUUACAAUUCACUAAAAGAAGAAUUCGUAGGAGAUGAGGUCAGCAUUUUCGCCGCAUUUGAUUUCUAA